AUGUCCAGCACGCUUAUCAGCGACUUGGGUGAAGACAUGGAAGCUGCAGAGCUGAGCAAAACCUCAAGAAACACUCAUUCAGAUGAAGAGGAAGAUGGCAACUGGGAUGCCUGGGGCAACUGGAGUGACUGCUCCCGGACCUGCGGGGGAGGAGCAUCCUAUUCUCUACGGAGAUGCUUGGCUGGGAGGAAUUGCGAAGGGCAGAAUAUUCAAUAUAAGACAUGCAGCAAUCAUGACUGCCCUCCGGACGCGGAAGACUUCAGAGCCCAGCAGUGCUCAGCCUACAAUGAUGUCCAGUAUCAGGGACAUUAUUAUGAAUGGCUUCCACAGUAUAAUGACUCUGCUGCUCCCUGCGCACUCAAGUGUCACGCGCGGGGACAAAACUUGGUAGUGGAGCUGGCACCCAAGGUGCUAGAUGGAACUCGUUGCAAUGCUGACUCCCUAGACAUGUGUAUCAGUGGCAUCUGCCAGGCCGUGGGCUGCGAUCGGCAACUGGGAAGCACCGCUAAGGUGGACAGCUGUGGAAUCUGUGCUGGCAAUGGCUCCAGCUGCAGGCUCGUACGGGGACAUUCGAAGUCAAACGUUUCUCCCGAAAAAAUUAUUGAAUCAAAAACACUUCAAGGAACCAAAGGAGAACACAGCUUUAACAGCUCUGGAGUCUUUGUUGUAGAAAACACAACAGUUGAAUUUCAGAGGGUCUCAGACAGGAAAACCUUUAAGAUUCCAGGACCUCUGAUGGCUGAUUUCAUCUUCAAGACCAGGUACACUGUGGCCAAAGACAGCACGUACCAGUUCUUCUUUUACCAGCCCUUCAGUCAUCAGUGGAGACAAACCGACUUCUUUCCCUGCACUGUGACAUGUGGAGGAGGUUAUCAGCUCAAUUCUGCUGAAUGUGUGGAUAUCCGCUUGAAGAGGGUUGUUCCUGACCAUUACUGCCAUUACUAUCCUGAAAAUGUAAAACCCAAACCAAAACUGAAGGAAUGCAGCAUGGAUCCUUGCCCAUCGAGUGAUGGAUUUAAAGAAAUUAUGCCCUAUGACCACUUCCAACCUCUUCCUCGCUGGGAACAUAAUCCUUGGACGUCUUGUUCGGUGUCCUGUGGAGGAGGGAUUCAGAAACGGACCUUUGUGUGUGUGGAGGAAUCCAUGCAUGGAGAGAUACUACAAGUGGAAGAAUGGAAGUGCAUGUAUGCGCCCAAACCCAAGGUUAUGCAAACUUGCAAUCUGUUCGAUUGCCCCAAGUGGAUCGCCAUGGAGUGGUCUCAGGCCAAAAAGAAUUUGUGGCAAAAGAAAGUAAGCUGUUCUGGUUGGAGCUUUAAUAUACAAACAAUAGAAGUUGAAAAAGGUCCAGUGGAAGCUACAUUACCUUGGCUGAAACAAGCACAAGAACUAGAAGAAACCAGAAUAGCAACAGAAGAACCAACGUGA